AAAUCCUCCUCCUCCGCCAUCAUCCGCCGCCGUGCAGGAGCAGGUGGUGUCGGGGACGCCAGGGGCGAGGACCGCCCGGAGAGCUGACGAGCCCGUGGGCGGGGCAUCGGAACGGCCGGCCUCGGAGCGGCGACCCGGGCCUGACCCGCACCCUAACCAGUGCCCGCCCCGCCGGGCGGUCGCGCGCCCCGGUCGCCCCACGCGGCGGCGCCGCCCGUGUACGUUUGCAGCUCUCCGACGGAGCCCACUGGCACGACCAACAUGGCCUCUGAAGACAUUGCCAAGCUGGCAGAGACGCUGGCCAAGACCCAGGUGGCCGGGGGACAGCUGAGUUUCAAGGGCAAGAGCCUCAAACUCAACACUGCAGAAGACGCCAAAGACGUGAUUAAGGAGAUUGAAGACUUCGAAGGCUUAGAGGCUCUGCGCCUGGAGGGCAACACGGUGGGCGUGGAGGCGGCCAGGGUCAUCGCCAAGGCCCUGGAGAAGAAGGCGGAGCUGAAGCGAUGCCACUGGAGUGACAUGUUCACGGGGAGACUGCGCUCCGAGAUCCCUCCCGCCCUGAUCUCACUCGGGGAGGGACUCAUCAUGGCCGGGGCCCAGCUGGUGGAGCUGGACCUCAGUGACAAUGCAUUCGGGCCUGACGGCGUGCGAGGCUUCGAGGCCUUGCUCAAGAGCUCUGCCUGCUUCACCCUGCACGAACUCAAGCUCAACAACUGUGGCAUGGGCAUCGGUGGAGGCAAGAUCCUGGCCACAGCUCUGACUGAAUGUCAUCGAAAGUCCAGUGCCCAAGGCAAGCCGCUGGCCCUGAAAGUCUUCGUGGCUGGCAGAAACCGUCUAGAGAAUGAUGGCGCCACUGCCUUGGCAGAAGCUUUUGGGAUCAUCGGGACGCUGGAGGAGGUCCACAUGCCCCAGAACGGGAUCAACCACCCCGGCGUUACUGCCCUGGCGCAGGCCUUUGCCAUCAAUCCCCUGUUGCGGGUCAUCAACCUGAAUGACAACACCUUCACCGAGAAGGGCGCUGUGGCCAUGGCCAAGACCCUGAAGAUUCUGCGGCAGGUGGAGGUGAUCAACUUCGGGGACUGCCUGGUGCGCUCCAAGGGUGCUGUGGCCAUCGCAGAAGCUGUCCGUGGGGGCCUGCCCAAGCUGAAGGAGCUGAACUUGUCAUUCUGUGAAAUCAAGAAAGAUGCUGCUCUGGCCGUGGCUGAAGCCGUGGCGGACAAGUCGGAGCUGGAGAAGCUGGACCUCAAUGGCAACGCCCUGGGUGAAGAAGGCUGCGAGCAGUUGCAGGAGGUGCUGGAGGGCUUCACCAUGGCCCAGGUGCUGGCGUCCCUCAGUGAUGAUGAAGGGGAGGAUGACGAGGAAGAGGACGACGACGAAGAGGAGGAGGACGAGGAGGAGGAGGACGAGGAGGAAGAGGGCGAGGAGGAAGAAGAGCCUCAGCAGCAAGGGCAAGGGGAGGCAUCCAGUACACCAUCCAGGAAGAUUCUGGACCCUAACAGUGGGGAGCCGGCUCCGGUGUUGUCCCCGCCGCCUCCCGUGGACGUGGCCACCUUCAUGGCCUUCCCCUCCCCGGAGAAGCUGCUGCGCCUCGGGCCCAAGAGCUCUGUGCUGAUCGCCCAGCAGACUGACACGUCUGACCCGGAGAAGGUGGUCUCGGCCUUCCUGAAGGUGUCCUCUGCGUUCAAGGACGAAGCCUCCGUGCGGACAGCAGUGCAGGACGCCGUGGAUGCUCUGAUGAAGAAGGCCUUCAGCUCCUCGUCCUUCAACUCCAACGCCUUCCUCACCAGGCUCCUCGUCCACAUGGGUCUGCUCAAGAGUGAAGACAAGAUCAAGGCCAUCGCCAACCUCUACGGCCCCCUGAUGGCCCUGAACCACAUGGUGCAGCAGGACUACUUCCCCAAGGCACUGGCCCCUCUGCUGCUGGCCUUUGUGACCAAGCCCAACGGCGCCCUGGAAUCCUGCUCCUUUGCCCGCCACAACCUGCUGCAGACGCUGUACAAGGUCUAGAUGCCAGCGGCCACUCCUGUCUCUGGGCCUGGACUCGGGAAGAGCCUCCCGUGAAGGACCCUGGCCAGAGGCAGGAAGGGUCUCUGUGAGGUCGUGCAGCACCCCCAGUCUGGUCAGCGUGGGGGGUGUGCCGAGGUGUGCUUGCUGCGGGGUUUGGGUUUCAGGGCCUCCUGCUGGCUCGCCUGGGCCUCGAAAGGCUCCCAGCUGCUCUGCCAUUAAACUCUCCCCUUGAGGGCUCUGCUGAUGUGCCUCAGGCUUGGCCCGGGGCUGCCCCGCCCCCACCUUGCCUUCCGCACACUCUGGGCUGCACCAGCUCUGGAGCUGCCUGCUGCUCCCCCCUGCCCUGUGGCCAGGCCAUUUCCUGCCCUGCUGAGGCCUCUGCUUCCUGCCUCUACCAUCCCCCACCUCUUUCCCUGCUGAACCCCUCUUGGCUAAAGGCAGAGACAGACCAAGUGAUAUGUGGGUGGUCAGCCAGGAGCAAGACCCUGGCACCCACGCCGUGUGGCCAGGAGAAGCCUGUGGGCAGACACCAGGGAGCCUGCGAGCAGGAGCUGCCUGGACAGUGCAGGAUCUGGGUCCAGCAGGCCCUCCGAGGCUCAAGACCCCAGACUGGUCUCUCCCUGUGGGGGCCUCUAGGACUCCUGGACAGCCCGAGGGCGGGGUGGGGGGUUAGCGCCCUGCGACCUCCCCCUCUCCUCGCAGCCUUUGCUCCCCUGCGUGUUCUGUGUGCCUGGGCUGUGCCCAGGGCUUUACAAAUAAAGUCGUAUGGACACUGCAAGACCUGCCCUUGGAGUGGG